AUGGUGGAAGAUGAUACGUUACCAUUAUAUCUAAAAUCAACUGAAUCAUCAAAUCCUACUCGAAAAAAAGUAAUGUUUAAUAUUUACAAAAAAUUCGUAAUUUAUGGUUUCUUAAUUGCGCUGUUAAUAUUUAUUAGUUAUAUUGCAACUUGUAAAUUAUUAUUUCUUUGCGAUGAGAAUUCUACAUCAGUUGAUAAAACAUAUGACAAUUCUCCAUCAAAUAAUUUAGGAUUAAAAAUUGAUAAAUUAUUUGUUGAAGUUAAUAAUUGGAAAAAUGACGAUAAUGAUGUAGAAGAUUUCGAUUGGACCGAAAUAACUCAAUAA